CCUAAAUGGGAAUUGUCGCUCAAGCUCGUAAGAACCCUAGCUAUACCGACGCAUGCUCUAGCCCCUUCGACGCAAGCUCUCCUCUUGCUCCUUCGAACUAAUAACUAUCAAAUUAAUCCCCACCCCCUUCGACGACGCAAGCUCUCCUCUUGCUGGCUGAACCCGAGAGAAUCAUCGACGAAUUAAGCUCUCAGAAAGCGCUCAUCUCAGUUCCUAAUACCCCAUUGCAGUCACUGGAAGGAUACAAGAAGCUAUGUCAAAAGGUGAAGAAGUCAUGGAUGACUUCAAUGAAGAGGAUGACCUAGAUGAUUGUAUUGAGAGCCAACAGAGGCGACAAAAGACAAAAAAAAAACAUUUACUUCGGAAGGCUUCUGACGACCGAGUGGAGGUGGAAGUAAAUGAAUUUGGUGUUCUUUGGGGUGAUGGAUGGACCAACCUAUCCAAUUAUAUAGGGGUUGUGGUGAGGGAUAACGUGCCCAUAAUUUAUGAUGACUGGAGAAAUGUUCCUGCUAAAGUAAAAGAUGACUGUUGGAAUUAUCUUUGUAAACUGUUUGUGUUGACUCCUGCGUCUCAAAAACAAGUCUUUAGUACAAUGAGUGCUGCUCUAAGAAAUUUCAGAUUCACUUUGCGGAACGAGUUUAUCUUGCACUACAAGGAGGGUUCCAAGAAGUUGCGGUUUCCUCCUGAAGAGUUUAAGCACAUAUUAACUGAUGAAUGGAGACUCUUUGUUAAAAACACUUUCAAACAAGAAUUUAAAGCCAAAAGUGAAAAAGCGAAGGAGAGAAGAAAGAAUAUAAGGUACAAUCAUCGGUUGGGGUCCGGUGGUUAUGCAGGGCUGCUAAAGAAGAAGCAAAAAGAGCUUGGAGGUAUGCUGAAGGAUAUCGAUCGUGCGGAUACAUGGCUUUUGGGAAGAAAGAAAAAAAAUGGAGAAUAUGAUGAGGACGUGAAAGAAAUUGCUGAGAAAGUUAAAGAGCUGCAGAAGAUGGUUCAAGAUGGGUUGUUUGUUCCAAAUGGUUGUAAUGACAUACUCACGGCUGCCCUAGAUAAAAGGCCAAAUGGAAGUAGAGUACAAGGAUUAGGUCGCUCCAUCACUACAUCUAAGUACUUUAACACACCUAUGGGUAAAGCUGCAGAGCAUGAAGAAGCGGAGAAAAUUUGUGCUACAAGAUAUGCGAUGAUGGUUCAACGAUUCGAUGAGUUGAAAGAACACAUCACUGCCCUUGUUGGUGUUAGUGAUAUUGGCAGCUGUAGUGUUGGCAUUAAGCCUCCAUUUAGGGGAAAUGGAAAACAAAAGGUUGAUGAGGAGAUUGAGAAGCCAGAUACUACCCCUAAUAAAAAAUGUGAGGCUUCUGUUUCUAGAAGGUCUCAACCUAAGCCACCAAUUGAUGAUGAUGAAGAACGUCCAAAGAGAAGAAAUGGGAAAAGAAAGGUAGCAGAACUUGGAGAUAGGUCCGCAGGGGGAGAUUUGGCAGGACAUCCUAGGCUAGAAACUGAAGAGGAGGAACAACAGUGUGUAAAAACUGUGAAGCUUGAAAUGCAAAGUCCAAAAAUGAGUGGACAAGGUAAAUACCUCCCAAGGAGAUCCCCCCGCCAUCUCUCGCAGAAGAUAGAACCAGUAGGCUGUGAUGCACCAGUACAUUAUAAGGGGUUAGAAUUGGAGAAGGGUGGUGUACAGAUUGUAGAAGUACGCAGCAGGCCUGAAAUGAAGAAAAAGGUUGCACCUGCUAGAAAACUGAAUAUGCAACGAACCACGAGGUCAUUGGCAGAUAAAAGAAAAGAAAAAAGUGUUAACAUGAAGAUGUUCUCCUUCCUCGUUGACAAAUGCAUGGGGGACGGGUAUAUGAUCCAGAAUGAUGCAGACGUGUUUGGGUUCCCUACCAAAACUACCUUUAACAAGGACAUGUGCUACUUAGUCAUCAACUGUGAGAAGGUUUCGAACUCUAUUAUAGAACUUUGGUGCAAUGAUUUGGAUUACCUCCGGAACUGGUUGGACUAUUGUUGAGGUGUUAGAAGAUCGCGUCUGAGGCUGAUGUGGUGAUGGCGAUCUAGCCCUGGACCGAAACUGCUCACUCACCACGGCCAUGGAAGUCGUCAAGUUUGCCGCCAAAUUUUCCAUUACUGAACGCAGAUCGCUCACAGCCGACUGUAAUUCCUCCUUCAUCUCCGCUGGAACCUCAAGUAUUUUUCGUUCCAGGUUAUCCACAUGAAUAUCCAUUUUAGCUCGCAUCCGUACCAUUCACCCCUUGAAACGGAAAUUUAGCUGAGGUCGCAACUCAAUUUUGAUUCCCAGGAGCUAUGCUGAGAUACCAAUGAUAGAAUGCUAACAAUUCACAAGUAUAAACGUAGCAGAUCUAUGAAGAAUUAUACUGUAAAUGAUCAAAGAUGUUUAUAGAAUGAGGAAGGGAUCACAGUACCUAUACAAGCCUUGGAACUGUU